UUUUUCCUCCUCCGCUUGCGAGAACGCAGAGAGAGAAACCCGAACGAAUCGAUCAAUCGGCGCCGACCUCCUCUCGACUUCAUCUCCGCCGCGACGCGGCAUUCGUCCCCCGGCGGCAAUCGGAUCUCCGGCGGACCCCCCCGCCCGAUUCCUCCGCCACCGCCGCCGCCGCCGCCUCUCGGUUUCCGGAGCUCCGAAGGUGCCGCGGCCAUGGCGCUAUCGGCUUCCGACCUCCCCGCCGUCUACGCCCUGCCCGCCAAUUCGAUGAGCGGUGACGAGAGGGUGCGCAAGCCGGCCGAGGCCGCGCUCGGCGAGUUCAAGAGCAGGCCCGGCUUCUGCUCCUGUCUCAUGGAAGUGAUAACCGCGAAGGAUUUGGCGCCUCAAGUGGACGUCCGCUUGAUGGCGUCGGUGUAUUUCAAGAACAGCGUCAACCGGUACUGGAGGACCAGGCGCGAUACCCCGGGAAUCAGCGCUGAUGAGAAGGCCCAUCUGACGCACACCCUUUACUUACGCCUAUCAAGCCAUGCAUCAGAUCUUUCCGCUCUUCUUCUUUUAUGGAUCUUUUUUUUUUCCGCUUAUAAACAUGUCAAGUAA